AUGGACUGGUUGGGACGGUUUAGAGCCCAAAUCCGGUGCAAAGAGCAGAAAGUGGUGUUACGGGGGCCCAGCGGGAAGAGGGUGUCGUAUCGGGGAACGACGGAGAAACCCGGGAUCAAGUUAGUAUCAAUGAUAAAGAUGAAAAAGUACGUGGAGAAAGGCAAUGAGUUGUUCUUGUGCUCUGUUGAAAACCUGAAGGCAAAAGGGAAUGUAGCUCAGACCAUACCCGUCGUCCGUGAGUUCCUUGACGUUUUUCCCGAGGAAAUACCGAGUAUGCCCCCUCCGAGAGAAGUGGAAUUCUCGGUGGAUCUUAUACCAGGCACCGCACCCAUUUCCAAGGCCCCAUACCGGUUAGCAACGAAAGAAAUGCAAGAGCUGAAAACCCAACUACAAGAGCUUUUAGACAAGGGCGACAUCUGA